GCGCAGAUUCAUCGAUCCAAAGGGGAAGUACCUCAGCAGGCAGUCCCUGCUAAUCGAGCGCCUAUUGCGCAGCAAGAGAGUGACAAGAUGGCGCAGGCAAUAUUUGAAGUGCUUGAAGGCAUGGACAACCAGACAGUGAUGGCGGUCCAGUCUCUGCUGGAUGGCCAAGGUGGAGUUCCUGACCCAAACAGCCAGAACGUCUCAGGGACACCCACUAUCCAAUCUAUGGGUCUGUACAGCAAAUACGACGAUGAGGACGUGUUCCUGUGUGGGAAGUGUAAGAAACAGUUCAAUUCUCUGCCAGCCUUCAUGACACACAAGAGGGAGCAGUGCCAGUCUAGCGCCCCCUCCCUGUCCACGGUGUCCUUGGCCUCCGCCAACACUUACACCCCUGUCCCGUCAAUCAGCACUAUACCACAGACUCCUGCUAACAGACAGGUAUCUACCUACAUUACAGUCCCUCCCUCCCCACUGACGCACACUUUGGUCCAAGGCAAUGUGCUGGUCAGCGACGAUGUUCUUAUGUCAGCUAUCUCAGCUUUCACGUCCAUUGACCAGCCCAUGGCCACCAUGCAGACACCUAUACAGAGUAACCUGAGCAUGCACACAGCUGGUGUAUCCUACCUUCAACACCAUCACCACCACCACCACCAUCACCAUCAUCAACAGCAGCAGCAGCAGCAGUCCUCCCACCCCUUGCCUGCCAGCCAGACGCCAGCCCACCCCUUGCCAGCUGGACAGCCCGUGCAGCAGCCGCUCUCGUCACAAAUCCCAGCCAGCCACAGCAACUCAGUGGUCCAGGUGUACAGCACACUGCCCCAUAUGGCCGGAGGUGGUGGUGCAGAGAUCCACACCCUGGGUCUGCAGCCUUUCCAUCCUGUACAAGUGCCAAGUCAGUGUGUGGAGAGCCAGUCAUUCACCACCCCUCCUGUCUACAGCCCCGGGAAGCAGGGCACCAAAACAAAGACCUGCAGCAUCACCACCAACCUGACGGAGCUGGGUGACUUUGAAAAAGUCAUCAUUCCCAAACGACCCAGGAGCAGCAAAAAGAGCCCCGAUGGAGCAACAGCAGAGCAGCUGAAGAGAAAAGGUCCAAAGCUGAAGUGUAAUUUCUGUGACAAAGUCUUCUCGAAAAACUUUGACCUUCAGCAGCACAUUAGAAGCCACACAGGAGAGAAACCGUUUCAGUGUAUCGUGUGUGGUCGAGCCUUUGCCCAGAAGUCCAACGUGAAGAAACACAUGCAGACGCACAAGGUGUGGCCUAUGGGCGUGGCCAGCACAGUGUCCAGAUUGCCAAUCACAGUAAAGGUGGUGCCUGUGUCAUCCAUUGAGGAGGAGGGGAGAGGGGAGCAGCAGCAGAACAGUCAAACACAAACAGAAGAGGUAGCAGCUCAAACAGAAACUUCAGGGGACUUGGAGGAGAGUGUGACUGAGGCUCAAGCUGACUCUGAGGGCAGCCAAGGGGAAACCGUGCACAACAGGCAACCGCAGGUGCAGCCCGCCCAGAGCCAACAGUGCCAAGCUCAGACCAAACAGAUGGUGGUGAUAGACAGCUCGUACCAGUGCCAGUUCUGCGCUAGCAAGUUUAAGACCUAUUUCCAGCUCAAGUCCCACCUCACCCAGCACAAAGGGGAGCAGGUUUAUAAGUGUGUGUUAAAGUCCUGCUCUCAGACCUUCCAGAAGUUGGAUCAGUUUUUGGAGCACAUCAGGACACAUCAGGAGCAGCUCACCUAUCGCUGCCACCUCUGCAGCAAGAUGUUCCCCUCGCUGUUUGAACUGGGAGUCCACCAGUAUUCCCAUAGCUUCUCUCCACAGCAGAACAGUCGCAAAGAAGCCACCGUCUACAGGUGUGUGAAAUGUCAAAGCAGAUAUUCUACCCAGGAGGCACUGGAACAACAUCUACUGACUGCCUCACACAGCUUUCCCUGCCCACACUGUCAGAAGGUUUUCCCAUGUGAAAGGUACUUCAGACGCCACCUGCCCACUCAUGGCAUUGGAGGGAGGUUUAAGUGUCAGAUCUGCAAGAAGGCCUUCAAGACAGAGCACUACCUCAAACUGCACACACGCAUUCACUCAGGUGAAAAGCCAUACAAAUGCUCCCUCUGUGAGGCGACGUUCAACAGGAAGGACAAAGUGAAGAGGCACAUGCUCAUCCACGAACCUUUCAAGAAAUACAAGUGUCCCUUCAGGACACAUGUAGGUUGCACCAAAGAGUUCAACAGACCAGACAAGCUCAAGGCCCACAUUCUGUCACAUUCUGGUAUCAAACCCUACAAGUGUCUAUUUUGCCAAAAGGCGUUCAGCCGCAGGGCUCACAUGCUCGAGCAUCAGCAGUCCCACACAGACAACUACCGCUUCAGAUGCUCCACCUGCAACAAGGGAUUCACCAGACAGAGCUAUUAUCGAGAUCACAAAUGCCCUGCAGCGGGGAAUGAGACAGGAGCUGAAGUUGGGAAGAAUGGAGAGGAUGACGGGAGAAGAAGCAGGUUGAUGAGAAAAGCAAAAAGGCUAGAGACUGGAGGAGGUGACAGAGAGGACGACGACAGCUCAAAGGGCAGCCGCAAGCAGGUGGAGACACGUGGGGAGGAGGAAGAAGAGACGGGGAGGACUGAUGAAGGGUGUCAAGCUGCAAUGUCUAUUGCCACCACUGAAGGGCAGAUGGAAAGAGGAGAGGAAGAGGAGGAGGAUGACGGGGUGGGAUCUGGUGGCGAGGUACUCAAGCAGAUUCAGAGCAAUGACCAAAACUGUUUGUAG